AUGAGGAAUCUGACGUUUCAGAGAGUGCAGUUUGUCUUUGGUUUGCCUCAGUUGAAGCGUGCACUUCAAGAACAGUUGGAGAAAAAGAAGAAUUUUGUCAGUAGGAGUCUUGCUAUUGGCGAAGUCCUCUCCAUAGCAGAUAUGGCUACAGGGGUCAAGUGCGGAAUAAUUUACUGGCUGUUCGGUGGUGCAAUCAGGAAUCUUGGAAAACCAGAACAUGUCGCUAAGUGGUUUCAGCCACUACAGGAGCAGAAAUACACGGGGAUGUUUGCAAUGACCGAGCAGGGGCACGGUAGUAACGUCAAGGGGAUCGAGACCGAAGCCACCUUUGACCUCGCCACACAGGAAUUUAUAAUCCACACACCUUGUGAAAAUGCCAAAAAGAUGUAUAUUGGAAAUGCAAUGUCAGGCAAUUAUGCAGCUGUAUUUGCACAAUUAAUCAUAAAUGGAAUCUCCCAAGGCCCUCACUGUUUCAUUGUCCCCAUCCGGGACCAGAGCGGACACCUCCAUCCGGGAGUGACAACAGUUGACAUGGGGCACAAGGAAGGUUUACACGGUGUGGAUAACGGCAUCUUAACGUUCGACCAGGUUCGAAUUCCCAGGGAGAAUCUUCUGAGCAAGUUCGGUUCAGUUGCUCCAGACGGCCAGUACCACUCGCCCGUGAAAAACCCAAACGCGAGAUUCAACGCUAUGCUGGCGGCUCUGACGCCAUCAAGAUUAGCCGUCACCUUCCAAGCUGUGGGAGCUAUGAAGCUUGGACUGACUAUAGCCAUUCGGUAUAGCUACAGUCGGAGACAGUUUGGGCCUAAGGCCAAGGAAGAAGUUAAGAUCAUUGAGCACCAAACACAACGUCUUCGACUGAUGCCUCACCUAGCCACUGCAUUAGCACUGAUCUUCACCAGCAGAUAUGCCGGCAGUUUAUUGGAUGAGGAUCUCUUUCAAGAGAAAGACCUUGGAAACAGCCAGACUUUACAAGGCCUAGUAGCGGGUUUGAAAGCAUACAGUACCUGGGGAAACAUAGCCUGUUUACAAGACUGUAGGGAGUGCACUGGAGGGAUGGGUUACAUGAUGGAAAACAGAAUCUCCGGUUUAAAGUGCGACUCAGAUGUGUUUGCAACUUUCGAAGGGGACAAUGUCGUCAUGCUUCAGGUGGUUGUCCGAGAACUGCUGACUCAGUCUACCAGGCAAAAUGAGGAACGACCGCUUUUUGGCCUCCUUCGAAGCUGGGCAGAGUCUCUGAGGGACAGUUUGAGAACUAGUUUUCUGGCAUUUAACCUGGACACAAUUGGUAAUCUGACCUUUCUGCUGAAAGCAGUGUGUUUCCGGGAAAGGGUUCUUCAACGUGGUUUGGCAGCCCGGAUUUACUACAAGGUCAAAAUCAGGAAGGAGGAUUUCUUCAGCGCUUGGAAUUCAUGCCUCCACCAUGUUACAACCCUGGCUCUAGCACAUAUCCACCGAGUAACUUUGGAACAGUUCUCAGCAGCUGUGGUGAACUGCCGUGAUGCCGAGGACCAGGCUCUUUUAAUGAAGUUUUGCCUCCUUCACGGGACAAACCUGGUGUUCCAAGAAAGAGCCUGGUACCUGGAGCAUAACUACCUAACUCCAACCACCAGCGUACAACUCCGAAGACAGCUGCUGGACCUUUGCAACGCGGUGACAGGCCUGGCCCUCAGGGUGACUGAGGCCUUCGGCAUCCCGGCCAACGCGCUCCACGCCCCCAUCGCCGGGGUCCCCAGCCUGCGGGCCCCCUGGGCCUUCCAUCCCACUCCCCGCUCCCCGCAAGCCGCCAAGCUCUGA